AUGGAAGCUCGCUGGGUGACCUUGGGCCAUUCGGCCGCUCGCAGCCUAACCUUCCUCAUAGGGUUGUUGCGCAAAUCAAAUGGAGGAGAGACCAAUGACAAAGUGAACUACGGGGCUUUGUGUCCAGGGCCGCGGCUGGAGGCCGCCCUGGCUGCCAAGGACCGGGAAAUCGUCCGGCUUCUCAAAGAGAUCCAACAUCUGCAGACCUCCAUGCAGGAGCUGGAGGAGUCCUCGGCCAAUCAGAUCGCAGACCUGGAACGGCAGCUGGCGGCCAAGAACGAGGCCAUCGAAAAACUGGAAGAGAAACUAAGAGCCCAGUCGGAUUACGAGGAGAUCAAGACUGAGCUGAGCAUCCUGAAGGCGAUGAAGCUGGCUUCUUCCAACUGUGGCCUUUCACAGAGCAUAUCGAAACCCAGCGAUGCUUUGCUUCUGGGAAAAGAAUCCUUCUACGUCCCGCAGAAGUUCCUGCUGGAAAAACCAAACCUCGGGCAUAAUACUGAGGAAGAACCCUCAGAGGACGAGUCGGUGAAGGACUCCAUGGGGACGGACCAGUCCUACUCCUCCCCUCUGCAGCUCUCGCACACGCCCAGGGAAGACUCUGCCUCGCCCAACCUCAUCCAGCCCCUGCUGGGUCCCACCAUGCCUCAGGAAGCCCCAAGGCCCUUCUCGCUGUCUCCUUUCCCCAGCCUGGGCUCUGCCGAACGGAUCCCGUUAGACUCCCUUCUCCCCAAACAGAUGGGGCCUCCCACGUACAAGAGCGAGAACAGCGGCGCGGUGGCUUUCCCUUCUCCUUUCUAUGCUGCCAAAGGGGCCGUAUUGUCCGGCAACCCCAGCCAAACCCUCCCUGCCAGCGAGGGGAGCCCGCCCAGCGAUCAGUCUGAGGGCAGCGGUUCAGCCGGUUCAGCGGACGAGGAGCAGCUGGACACGGCCGAGAUCGCUUUCCAAGUGAAGGAGCAGCUUCUGAAGCACAACAUCGGCCAACGCGUCUUCGGACACUAUGUCCUCGGCCUCUCGCAGGGCUCCGUCAGCGAGAUUCUGGCUAGGCCGAAGCCUUGGCGCAAGCUCACCGUCAAGGGCAAAGAGCCCUUCAUCAAGAUGAAGCAGUUUCUCUCUGACGAGCAGAACGUCUUGGCCCUGAGGACCAUUCAGGUGCGCCAGAGAGGCAGCAUCACACCAAGGAUCAGAACGCCGGAAACCGGCUCUGACGACGCCAUCAAGAACAUCCUCGAGCAAGCCAAGAAGGAGAUAGAGUCGCAGAAAGGGGACACCAAGAACUCCUCGGCCCCACAGGCGGUGGCCAACGGCACUGGCGGGAGCAACUCAGAAGACGCCAUCAAGAACAUUCUGGAACAAGCCCGCCGGGAAAUGCAGGCUCAGCAGCAAGCCCUGCUAGAGAUAGAAUCGGGCGGCACCGGCAGGUCCAUGGCCACGCCGCCCGCCGAGCGCUCCACCCUGGCGGCCGUCAGCCAGAACAUCGUCCAGGCCUACAUCAAGCAGGAGGAGGGGAUGCGGGGCCCAAACGCCGGGGGCAGCGGCAUGACUCAGGCCCCCCUGACGGUGCUCUCCCCCGCCGCCUUCGUGCAGAGCAUCAUCCGCAAGGUCAAGUCCGAAAUCGGGGACGCGGGCUCCUAUUUCGACCAGCACUGGGCGUCGGAGAGGAGCUUGCUGAGCCGCCCGUACACCUCGGUGUCGCCCUCCCUCUCCUCCUCUUCCAGCUACUCCAGCAUGGCCAACGGGCGGGGCUGGCCGCGCGGAGAAACUGGCGACGCCGUCCCCAACGAGGAAGACCUCCCCACCUCCGAGGACGAGCCCCACAGGGGGCUGGAGGUCAAGUCGGAAGGGGCCGAGCCCCAGGGCUCCGGCCGUUUGACUUACUACCCGGCUUAUGUGCCGCGGACCCUCAAGCCCACCGUCCCCCCCUUGACCCCGGAGCAGUACGAAAUGUACAUGUACAGGGAAGUCGACACCUUGGAGCUGACCAGGCAGGUCAAGGAGAAGCUGGCCAAGAACGGGAUCUGCCAGCGGAUCUUCGGGGAAAAGGUGCUGGGGCUGUCGCAAGGGAGCGUGAGCGACAUGCUCUCUCGGCCCAAGCCGUGGAGCAAGCUGACGCAGAAGGGGCGGGAGCCGUUCAUCCGGAUGCAGCUCUGGCUCACGGACCAGCUGGGCCAAGGGAUCGGCCAACAGGCUGGCCAGCCUCACGCCAGUCCUGGGGAGACCGGGUCUUCCCCCUCCCCACCCCCCAGUCCUUCGGAGCAAGAGAAGAGCCCCCAGGAGCCCCUGAGUCUGGCUUUGGAAAGCAGCAAAGAGAAUCAGCAACCGGAGAGUCGGUCGGCUUCCGCGCUGAGCGGAAAGGCGUGUCCCAACAGCCAGGGGUCGGUGGGCAUCCAGGAGAUCGUGGCCUUGUCCCCGGAGCUGGACACCUACGCCAUCACCAAGAAGGUCAAAGAGGUCUUGACGGAUAACAAUCUCGGCCAGCGGCUUUUUGGCGAGAGUAUCCUGGGCCUGACCCAGGGGUCAGUCUCAGACCUUCUUUCGAGGCCCAAGCCGUGGCACAAGCUGAGCUUGAAAGGGAGGGAGCCCUUUGUCCGCAUGCAGCUCUGGCUGAACGAUCCACACAACAUCGAGAAGCUCCGGGACAUGAAGAAGCUGGAGAAGAAAGCGUAUUUGAAGCGGCGCUACGGACUGAUCACGGCCAGUUCGGACAGCGAGUCUCCCAACACCCGCUCAGAGUGCCCCAGCCCCAGCCCCCAGUCCCAAGACCUGAACCUCCUGCAGAUGAAGAAGCCAAGAGUGGUCCUGGCUCCAGAGGAGAAGGAGGCCCUCAAAAAGGCCUACCAGCUGGAGCCCUACCCUUCCCAGCAGACCAUCGAGCUCCUGUCUUUCCAGCUGAAUCUCAAGACCAACACCGUGAUCAACUGGUUCCAUAACUACAGGUCCCGCAUGCGCCGGGAGAUGCUGGUGGAGGGAGCGCAGGACGACACAGACCCGGAGCCGUGCGUGACCCCGGCCGGCAACUCCCUCAAGAGGCCCCCACCUCCGAGUCCCGACUCAGAAGAAGAGGACAAGAAGCCGGUGUUCAGAGACGCGGAGUGCCAGGGGGAGAACGAGUCACAGGUCCAGAUUAAGGAAGAGCAGGUGGAGGCGGGUGAGAAAGACGACAGCUCAGAGCAGAGAGAUUCCUGCAGCCUGGAUGGAGAGACGGAGCCUUGGUCUGAGCCGGCCCUCAAAGAAGAAGAGGUGGAUGCCGUGUGUACAGAAGGCUCCAAUGAGGCUCCCAGCCCCCCAUGGGGCAGCGCCCCACAUAGCAAAACGCAUGCGUCCAGCGCUCCCGAUUUUUCCUCUUUGCAUAACCCUGUGGAGUCGGACAGUGGCAAGAGGCCUCACCCGGACCCCAUUAGCUUUAAGUCUGCCUCCGAAUCCUCCCGCUGCAGUUUAGAGGUCUCCCUGAACUCUCCGUCGGCGGCCUCUUCUCCAGGCCUCAUGAUGUCCGUCUCCCCCGUCCCUUCCUCUUCCGCCCCCAUCUCCCCGUCCCCCCCAAGUACGGCAGCUGGCAAAGCGCAGAGCUUGAGCCCCGCCACAGACACGGCCUGCUGUGCGGUCCAGAACCCCAAGCUCAGCACCAACGUCCAGCGGCGGCACGAGAAGAUGGCCAACCUCAACAGCAUCAUCCACCGGCUAGAAAGGGCAGCCAAUCGGGACGAGGCCCUGGAGUGGGAAUUCUGAGGGGAAAUGGCGGGAAAGGGCCUAGAAAGCAGGGGACCACAGUGGUGUGUGUGUGUGUAUGCACACAGCCACACACACAUAUAUAUUUUAUUAAUUUCAUCGAGGAUUGAGGAAGAAACAACCCUCCCCCCACAUCCUUUGAGUUGUGUGUGUGUGGGGGGGGGGGAACAAUUAAUAGCUACUCCCGUUCACUCGUUUUCUUAGCUGCUGACAAGAUGAACGCUAGCUUUUUCUUUGUUUUUAAAGGUGAAAACAAAAAACAAAAAAAGACCCGGGAACACUUUUAGAAGAAGAAGGAAAAAAAAGUUAAAAUAAUAUUUAUAGACCUCUUUUAGAUAUUUUAAUAAAAGGAAACUUUGGAAUUUA